AUGGCCAGACAAAGAAUAGAAGAAGACGUUGACUUGGACGAAGUUGAUGCUUUCAACGCCAAUAGAGAAAAGAUCUUCUUAGAUCAAGCUGGAGAAUAUGCAAACCAGCAGUAUUCUGAUGAAUCCUCAGAAGAAGAAGUGAUGGCUGUAGAAGAAGAAGAUAGUGAUAGCGAUGAAGAAGAACAAGAUGAUGAAGAAGGAAUGGAAGAUGAUGAUGAUGACAACGAACUUGAAGAAGGUGAAGAAGAAGCAGACGAAGAGAAAGGCUGGGGUGGGAAAAAGAGUUACUAUGGUGGUGAUGAAGUCAGUGAUGAUGAAGACAUGAAGCAAAUGACUGAAGAAGCCUUGAGACAGCAAAAGAAACAUUUGAAUGAGUUGGCCAUGGAUGAUUAUAUUGAUGAAGAUAUGAUGCAAGAUUGGCAAAAGACUGCUGAAGCAUAUGAAGAAAAAGAUACCACUCGUUUACAUAUUGCUACUGAUACUUCCAUAGACAAGAUGGAUGCAUCGGAGCAACAAAAUUUACUUAAACAUUCAUUCCCAGAGUUCACUCCUUUGUUGAAAGAAUUAAACCAGCUUAAACCAAAGUUGGAAUCGUUCUUAUCAAGAGAACAAAAUCCAUUGAUUGAAGUCAAAGUAGUGGCUUUAUCGGCAUAUUUGGGUGCUAUAACAUCAUACUUUGCUAUAUUUGUAGAUAAUUUGAAAACUGGUGACCAAUUUACCUCGAUGAAGGAUGAACCUAUUAUGGAAUCUAUAUUGAGUUCCAGAGAAGUGUGGAGACAAGCAAAUGAGCUACCUGAAGAAGUCAAGGAAACUGCACAUGCUGACAAUUCAUUCUCAAGUGACGAUGAAGAACAAUUUGUUGAUGCUAAGGAAAACUACAGUGAUGAAGAUGAAGAAAUUGAAGACGAAGAGGAAGCCGAAGAAGAAGCCGAAGAAGAAGUCGAAGAAAACGGAUUGGCAAUUGACGUUACCAAACAAAGAAAUAUUAAACACGCAUCCAGACAUAACGCAGACGACUUUGCAGAAUCUGCUGAAAUUGAAGAUGUCGACUUGGAAGAUAAAAAACGUCGUAAAAAGACAUUACGUUUCUAUACUUCCAAGAUUGACCAAGCUGUUGCUAAACAAAACAAAACCUUUUCUGGAGAUAUGGAUAUUCCUUAUAAGGAACGUUUAUUUGAAAGACAACAACGUUUAGUUGAAGAAGCAAGAAAGAGAGGAUUGGCACAAUCAGAAGAUGUUGGCGAAUCUGGAGGAGAAUCCGGUGAUGAUUUUGCUCAAGGUGAAGAGGAUGAUUACUAUGAUUCUAUCAAACAAAGCAAAAUUAGCAAGAAGGAAUCACGUAAAUCAGCUCAUGAGGCUGCAGUCAAGGCUGCUAAAGAAGGUAAGUUGGCAGAAUUACAAGAAGAAGUCGGUAAUGACGGUAAGCGUGCGAUUAAUUAUCAAAUUCUUAAGAAUAAGGGUCUUACUCCACAUAGAAAGAAGGAAUACAGAAAUUCCAGAGUUAAAAAGAGAAAGCAAUACGAAAAGGCACAAAAGAAACUUAAAUCCGUUAGACAAGUUUACGAUUCUAAUAAAGGUCCUUAUGAAGGAGAAAAGACUGGUAUUAAAAAGGGAUUAUCAAGAUCGGUCAAAUUGGUAUAG